UCAUUAUUCACACUGAUUUCGUAACUUUGGAUUUUCCUGUCCAGUAAACACCACAAUAUAUUGUUUUUAUCGGCUUCUUAAUUUUUCGCCGUGUUCUACCCUAAUCAAUUUCGUUGAAACACGACAACCAGAGCCUAGAGGAACUCCAGAACUGACAAAAAAAUCCUCGUAUCUGCUUCCAUUCAGCACUGCUCUCAUUCUUUACUUUAGCCAUGCAACUCAUUAUUUCCUGUGUUUUCCUGGCAUUUUGGAGGGGAUUGGUCAUAGGGUCCCGCUGCCCUCUGAAUGACUUCCAGCGUUCCGAGGGAAGGGAACUGGUUCCUACCUCCUGGAACUCUGCACGGGUGCUGAUACUCCCAGGGCUGACGCUGGAUGACUGUGCCAGACGAUGCUCAAAUACACUGGACUGCAGAGCCUUCAACUACGAGACGCGUCCCUCCAUCACCUGUAAACAGCUGCCAUGGGUGGAGGAUGGCAGCAACGCAGAGGUCAAGAGGAACGUCAACUGUGACCUUUAUGAGAAGAAGGUCUACGUUAGAAAGUGCAUUGUGGGUAAAGGAGAAGACUAUCGAGGCAAGGUGUUCAUGACAAAAAGUGGCCAUACUUGCCAACAGUGGUGGUCAAAGUUCCCACACGAUCACAGAUGGACACCCACAGCCACUAAUGGCUUGGAGCUGAACUACUGCAGGAACCCAGAUGGGGACCGCAUCGGGCCGUGGUGCUACACCACUGAUCCAGAACGGCGUUAUGAGACCUGCAAUAUCCCCCACUGCAAAGAUGAGGUGUGUAUCACAUGUAAUGGGGAAGACUACAGGGGUCAGGUUGACCACACAGUGAGUGGCAGAGAGUGCCAACGUUGGGACCAGCAGUACCCACACCAACACAUCUACCAGCCUGAGAAGUAUCCAGAUAAGAGCUUGGAUGAUGACUACUGCCGUAACCCAGACGCCUCCCCUGUUCCCUGGUGCUACACCACAGACCCUGAUAUGGAGAGAGAGCGCUGCGAGAUCAGCAAGUGCUCUGUGGUUACAAAGAGACGCCUCCGGUCCAGCUACACCACAAACUGUUUCCGUGGUCGCGGGGAGGAUUACCGCGGUAAAGUAAACGAGACGACCGGCGGUAUCGCCUGUCAGCGUUGGGACGCCCAGUACCCGCAUGAGCACCCCUUCUACCCAAACACCUACGAAUGCAAGGGCUUGGAGGAGAACUACUGUCGUAACCCAGAUGGAUCCGAGGCGCCCUGGUGCUUCACGUCUGUGCCUGAGAUGAGGACGGCUCUUUGUUUACAGAUCAAACGCUGUGCAGACGACAUUGAAGCUGAGGAUUGCUACCAUGAAAAUGGUAAAAACUACAGGGGUGUAGUCCGUAAGACGCGUAAGGGUAUCAUCUGUCAGAAGUGGAGUGUCAACAUGCCUCACAAAACAAAGAUAAACCCAGGGACCCACCCUGAUGCCAACCUGACAGAGAACUACUGCCGGAACCCAGAUGGGGACCAGCACGGACCCUGGUGCUACACUACUGACCCCAAAACAGAGUUUGACUACUGUGCCAUCAAGCAAUGUGCUGGGGAGAAAGUGUCCAUCAUUGAGCCAUCAGAGAUUGUGGAGUUUAAUGAGUGUGGAAAGAGAGAGGAUCGUUUGGCCAAGAGCCCAAUACUGCGUAUUGUUGGUGGGCUUCCUGGAAACUCUCCCUGGACAGUCAGUCUCAGAGACAGGAAAGGAAACCAUUUCUGUGGAGGCUCCCUGGUUAGCGCCAAAUGGGUGAUCAGUACUAAGCAGUGUUUCUCCUCUUGCUAUGUUGACCUUCCGGGGUACUCGGCCAUGAUGGGGACAUUGUUUCGUAACCCCAUAGUAGGAGAGCCAGACCGACAGACUAUCCCUCUCACCAAGAUCGUCUGUGGACCCUCUGAGUCCCAGCUGGUCAUGCUACAACUGGAAUACCAUGCCCAGUUUAACGAGCGUGUGUCUCAGAUAUGCCUGCCCCCUGAACGCUACAUAGUUCCAGAAGGAACCCUCUGUGAGAUCGCAGGCUGGGGGGAAACUCAAGGCACUUCUACAGAUGACUCUGUGCUCAAUGUGGCUCAAAUACCCGUUCUAAGCAACAAGGAUUGUAACAACUACUUCCGGGGUCGUGUUCGGGAGAACGAGAUGUGCACCAACUCCUUCCAGGGUGGGGUGGGUGCCUGUGAGAGAGAUUAUGGGGGCCCUCUGGCCUGUCAGAACAGUGACUGCUGGGUGCUUGAGGGAGUGAUCAUCCCCAUGAGGCGCUGUGGACACCCAGGCCAGCCUAACAUCUUCAUCCGUGUCUCUGUCUAUGUGGACUGGAUUAAGAAGGUCAUGGAGAUGGCUUAGCCACAAAUACAUGAUGUCACCAAGCAGUGACUGGCUCUAUGUUCUACUGGACUGCAAUACAUUUAUCCACUUUCACCCCCCUACCCAUAGCUCACAAUCCAUGACCACCUAAUUGUGAUCCGUGACCGUCUACAUACAAUUAGUUAAUAUACACUUGAGUAUAUCAGAUAUUAGGAACAGUAUUGAUUUGCCCUCAGAAAAGUCUCAAUCCUUCGGGGCAUGGACUCUACAAGGUGUCGAAAGCAUUCGACAGGGAUGUUGGUUGACAGCAGUACUUCCCACAGUUAUGUCAAGUUGGCUGGAUGUCCUUUGGGUGGUGGACCAUUCUUGAUACACACAGGAAACUGUUGACCGUGAAAAACACAAACCGAUGCACACGGCACCUACUACCAUACCCUGUUCAAAGGCACAUAAAUAUUUAUUCUUGCCCAUUCCCCCACUGAAUGGUACAUAAACACAAUCCAUGUUGCAGUUGUCUCAAGGCUUAAAAAUCCUUCUUUAGCCUCUGUCCUCCCCUUUGUCUACACUGGUUGAAGUGUAUUUAACAAGUGACAUCAAUAAGGGAUCAUAGCUUUCACUUGGAUUCACCUGGUUAGUCUAUGUCAUGGAAAUAGCAGGUGUUCUUAAUUGUUUGUACACUCGGUGUAUAAUGUUGUGUGUUAUUCUACAAUCUUAUGACAACAAUAUAAGAUAAAAAUAACAAUGUUUUCCCUUGUCUUCUGUCUACGUGUGAUCAAAAACAAUAUUAGGCAUUUUGAUCUGAACAAAAUAACUAUAAUCUUGUGGUGAUUACAUUACAUAUUGAACCUUGGCACUGACUUCAGGAUGUGCUUGUGAAGGACAUGCCUCCUUAACCUCAUGCUUCUCAACAGCGUUCCCACACCCUUCACUAAAACUGCUGACUACCAACCCCUCCACCCCCCCACCCACCCCCCUUCCAGUAUCCGAUGGAGCUCCAAAAUACCAAAAUAUCCAGCCUCUAAAGAAAUCCCUCAUCUGCCUUUUUUUAUGCCUGCCCGCACCUCUAAAGACAUGCCUUUGUGCCUCAUGCAGAAUAGUAUGCGUUGCACAUUCUUUCUGGUUCUAUAGGAGGAGUUUUGUAACUCGGUCCUGAUGAGCCCACGGAAUUCAGAUUAAAUACACCUCAAGAUCAGAGUCCAGCGGAAUCUCACACACCAGCCUGCAGAGGGGCAGUGAACUAACUCUCUCCCUGUCUCUCGCUCUUGCAGUCUCUCCCUCUCUCUAACACUCACUCAAACACACACACACACACUUUAGCACAUUCUUAUUAUUAUACACAGACAAAUAUAGAUACUCGCAUAUCCACAUACAGUAUUCACAAAUACACACGUACUCAUUUACACAUAGAACCAAGAUAAUUAAACAGACUUUGUGCACUCUGAUUCAACAAAUAAGUUUAGCAAAUGACUGCUGAUUUUACUGGCUUCGGUCAGUUUCAGUGGCAGUUUGGCAGUUCAUGCUGCUCACUUUCGUGAAAUUAUGUUUAUAAUAGAUGACUAAUCAAAUACUUAUAUGACUUAUAGUUCUCAUUUAUACUGCAGAUAGUUGACUAAAUUGUUUAUAAAUGAGUAACAAAGGAACUCAAAAAAUCUCAAGUCAUGCCCUCUUCUGACUAUAUUUUAGGUUAAAGCAUUUUAUUCCAUGUGGCAGAGAACUUGUAAUUUCAAUUGAUCUUAUCAAUAUGAAUAUAUCACCUUGUUUUGAGCAAGCUGACUCAUUUGGCUAACAUGCCUUUUUAGGUCAUAUGGGGUUUUCUUUUCUGUAAAUUAGUUUUCUUUUCAUAACUGUUUGAGUAAUUCAUUGUUAUUCUCAAUAACCCAUACCUGUAUACGUGUAGCCUAUAAAGCAUUUUCAUUAUG